CUCCCGCAUCACCUCCGUGGAAGAAGAAGAAAAAAAGAAACCGCUGCGCUGCGAGCUUUGCAGGAGCCACGCAGGGCGAACCCACGGACUCCAGUUGGAGUUCAGCCGCUCGCUCCCGGGUUUCUUAGGGGUGUUUUUCUGCGGGGACGUCACGGCUCGUCAGGACCCGGAUUUAUUUAUUAUGACCAAGUAGUGGGAGCGGUGGCGACGAGGAGGCGCGAGGCGAGAAAAAAUACGUGCAGACGGAAGAUGCGCUGAGGAAUUUGUCUGAAGCAGCAAGGCGCUGAUACGCUCAACCUUAGAGGAAACGGGAAGCCAGAGCCUGGCAGGCUUUUCAUGUGGCUCAUUCAUCCGCCUGACCACAGACCGGAUUCACACCAGCGCUCCGCUCCAGCUGCAAGUGCUCUCAGCUCCAUCAUCUGGGACUCCAUGGCCACCCUGGCUGCUGCUGCUGCUUGAUUCAUUGCACUGUGCAGUUUUCCUCAUUGUUGUUCUCCAGUCCUUUCCUGUGUGCUGUGGGUUCAUGGAGGGGUUUCCUGUGCACUGACCUAGCAGGCUGCCCACUGGACCAGCUGCCAUGUCAGCUUGCAGCACCUUCACCGAGCAUGUGUGGAAGCCAGGCGAGUGCAAGAACUGCUUCAAACCAAAAAGUCUGCACUGCUUGACUCAGAGCAGUGGGGGGAAGCCCCCCUCUGAGCAGAGACCGCCAUCAAACCAACAACAAAAUCCACUUCCUGCUGGGACCAGAGCUAACCCCAACCUUAUCGCCAACUCUCAACGACCUGCACGUUCAGGACACAUACGCCCUCCUGUGGCCAAGAAGCCAACCAUUGCUGUGAAGCCCACUAUGAUGCUGCCCAGCUUAUCUGCAGGACUGGAUUCAGAUGGCAACUUGCAGCAGCAAACAAAUGUAAUAGAACAAGGUAAAACAUCGGCUUUUACUGCCUGGAACCGCAAUGGACUAAACAGUAAAAGGCCGGGGGGGCGCAACAAUAACAAUGAAGGAGAGGAUGACAGUGAGGAAAUUGAAGGUUAUGGACAACUCAGCCCGAGGACACCCAGCAGAAAUAAUAACAGCGGACUGACGGAUGUCCUUAAAGAGAUUGCUGGGUUGGGUCCAGGCUCUAGCCCUACACUCCUUUCUGGUUCCAAAGACCUAUUUUGGGGGCGAAUCAGUAGCUCAUAUCGUAGGUCCCUAGAAAGAGGCCUUCCAGCUUCCAGCUGUCUGGCCAUAGGAAGCAACAGCGAAGGUAGCGCUCAGAAGCGGGUAUCGCUUAGUGAUUGUACCAAGAUCAUAAGCUCAGAAGGUGGACGUUUCUGCUACCCAGUGUUUUCCUGUGACGAUGCAGAUGACGAUGAGGAUGAAGAGGAAGAUGAGGAUGGUGAAACUGAGAAGGAUGAUGAGGAGCAUGAGAGCUGGGAUGAAAGCGACGAAGAAUUACUAGCCAUGGAAAUCCGUAUGCGAGGCCAGCCACGAUUUGCUAAUUUUCGUGCCGCCACCUUGUCUCCAGUGCCCUUUGCAGUGGGGAAAAAAUGGAAUACGGUGCCCCUUCGAAACCGUUCAUUACAGAGGAUCUGUGCAGUGGACUAUGAUGAUAGCUACGAUGAGAUCUUGAACGGAUACCCCUCUAAUGGAAGCCUUCUUCCCUUUGGACCUUGUGAGACGCAAAGCAGUGCUUUCCUCUCAAAUUCAGAGUCUACAACCUCUCCAGAAUCAUCGUCAUCACUCCAAGAAGACUCUCAAACUAUUUCCAGUAGUGGAAGCAGUGUGUUUAAAAAUGGCGUGCUUUCGCCUAUAUCUUCCAAGUCACUUGCACCGUGUACAACCCCCCCAACAAAAGAGUCUCCCAAAAUGGCUCUAAGUCCACCCAAGGUGGCCGAGACCCACAAGGCAGUGCUGGCAAUUAGAUUAGAGGACCAGGAUGGCAGGGAAGGGAUGCCAAUGCCUCAAGCCCUUCCUGGACAGCCAGUUACAAUAAGUUUUAGCCCUACAGAGGAGCAGGCUAAACCAUACCGUGUUGUUAAUUUAGAAAAAUCCCUCAUUUGUAAACCUUACACUGUGGUAGAUGUCUCAGCAUCGAUGGCCAGUAAAGAUGAACAGAAGCAGGAUUCGUCGCCACGACCCAAAAACCUGCCAAAACCCUCUAAUCCUACAUCAUUCUGUAGCACUCCUUUAGUCCAGCCCCUCUCGCCGGUGUCUCCUCUUUCCCCAUCUUCUCCUUUGAGGUCAGUAUCACCUUCAUCCAUCGCUCUGUCACAAAAGAAGACCGGCCAAAUACGAUACCAAGAAGUAUGGACGUCAAGCACGAGUCCUCGGCAGAAGAUACCUAGAGUGGAUUUGGUGAGUAAUUCUGGCCAGUCUGUCACUCCUCAAUUUUGCAGUCACAAGUCGGCUCCCACGUCUCCCAUCGCAGGCCUGUUGUCCUCUCGAACUGUACCCGUAAAAUCUCCAAAUUUAUCAGAGAUCAAGUUUAAUAGUUUCAAUAAUGCUGGCAUGCCUCCUUUUCCUAUCAUCAUCCGAGAUGAGCCGGCCUAUGCCCGUAGCUCUAAGAAUGCAGUCAAGGUACCUAUUGUUAUCAACCCUAGUGCAUAUGACAAUCUUGCGGUGUACAAGAGUUUCUUGGGUCUUCAUGGGGAGCAGUCGCAAACAAAAACGGGCGGCGGUAGGGUUACUAGCCAUACCUAUGAAGAGAUUGGUUCCUCCGAGAGUGUCCAGUCCUCAUCCACGGAGAAAACUCUGUCUGGGAGAGGCACAUCAGAGCAGACUUCAUUUGAGGAGACAAAAUUUCCACUUGAAUCAGUGCCAAGUUUGCAAGUUAGAACCACUACAGAUUCAAGCACUGUAACAAGCACUGUAAUGAGCUCCGCAUCUGGGGCCCUUUCUCCCACUACAACAAUUUCUUCUGCCAGUCUUGCCAUUACUGCAAAUCUAGUUAAAACCAGCCCUGCUGCUAACGCUGUUACACACUCUUAUAAGAUAAGUGGAGAUGAUGAUGAUAAAGGCGUAACUUCACCUUCUGGGACAGGUGUAAGUCACAGAGAGGAGGCCAGUGCAGUUCUGUCACAGAUUGUAGCGUCUAUCCAGCCUCCUCAGUCGCCUCCAGAGUCUCCCUCAGCACAAACCAAAACCUUCAGCUCUGAGGAGUUGUACGCCCUGCCUCCUGAUGCCAUGAAGGAGACCCUUUCACGACCCAAGUCUCUGUUUUCUACCACUGAUGGCUGUCUUUCCAAGCCAAAAAAGGAAAACCCCUCAAAGGUUUUGUCAAAAUCCCAGAGUGCCUCUGCUGCUGUCCCACUCACCAGUCCCCGAUCAGAGCCCAGUGCCCCCUACCCGCCCCCGAGGUCCACAUCCUCCCCUUAUCAUGCUUCUAACAUACUUCAGAGACAUUUUGGCAACUGGACAAAGAGCUCUGCCUCCAGCUCCCCAGCGCGACCCGGUGAAGGCGAAUUGAGCCCCGGCGGGGAGGGGAGACGGGCUUCAGCCGAGAGCUCAAAACCCAAAAGGUGGAUCUCCUUCAAGAGCUUUUUUCGGCGGCGUAAAGACGAGGACGAUCAGAGAGAGAAGGCAGAGAAAGAAAAAGGCAAACUGGUUGGACUAGACGGAACUGUGAUUCACGUUCUUCCACCUCCACCUACCCAAAAUCAGCACUGGUUCACAGAGGCCAAACCGGAAGAUCCCACCCAGAAACCUACCAUCAUCUUCACAUACAAACCAGACACUGGCGGCAGCCCCGGGGAUGGAGAUGGAGAGCUGCGCAUAGAAGAGUGCAGAGAGACUGAUCUGCUGGCAGAAGAGAGCAAGGACUCUGAACCUUUGAGCCCAGGGCAAACAACACCAUCAGAAACCGCUGGAGGAGACGCCAGCAGCAAAGACCUUAGCCAGGUGCCGGCCAGCCAUGCCAGGGAGCGGGAGCUGCCCAGGGUCAUCCCUCUGCCUGCCAGAGUGAAUCUGGGGCUGGUGUUCGGGGACGCCCACGAGGGCCACGCCAACCAGGCCGCCCCGACUGUCACCGCCAGUGAGGGCAGCGCCAGCCUCGGAGAGCCGGAGGAUGAUGGGAAUCACUCUCAUCACUCCCACUCUCCUUCGCCCAGCUGGUGCAGCGCCACCUACAGCAACCUAGGUCAAUCAAGAGCCAACAUGAUCCCACUGAAACAGCCACGGAACCUCAAAGCCUCCAACGAUACUUUGUCCUCCAUGGAGCUUGAAGGCUCUACGGAGCAGCCAGCAUCUAAAGCCACACCGCCGCCUUUGCCCAAGAAGGUUGUCCCUCGCUCCAGCACUGAACCCAGCCUCGGGGUCAAAGAGCCCAACCAGGGAGCCCUCCGACCCCGGGCAGAGGCUAAACCAGGCGGCACCAACCUGAGCGUGGCCAACCCUCUGUAUGACUUGGACUCUACCUGGGAGACAGCUAGCCAGUGCUCCUCUCUGAGCUCUGAGCCACACCGAGCUCAUGACCAUGAGAGCGGCGACUCUUUGGAGAGAUCAUCUGCCUCUGCAACCGCAAGCAAAGCUCGCCUGACUAACAGCGUGUCUGCCCUCAGCCCCCCGCCUACCGCUUCCACACCAGUCACUACCUCUGGCAGAGACAAGAGGGUGUUCCCAAGCACAGAGUCUCUGGGCGGAAGGGGUCGGACUGCGGGCCGUGGAGCCGCUGGCGGAGGGGCCUCCAAACCACACAGACCCGCUCUUUACAGAGGGUUGGACAGCUGGGAUGAGGUGGUGGGCAGGAUCCGGGGACUUCACACGGACACCCUACGGAAGUUGGCGUCAAAAUGCGAGGACCGCUUCAUGGCCGGCCAGAAGGACCACCUUCGAUUUGGCACUGACAGCUGGUCACACUUCAGGUUGACCACCGGCAAACCGUGCUGUGAGGCAGGGGACGCUGUCUACUACACUGCUUCUUACGCCAAGGACCCACUGGUCAACUACGCCAUCAAGAUCUGUCGGAGUCAUGUGAAGGAGACACAGCAGCAGUUUUUCCACAGCCUGGCGGUGAGACAGAGCCUCCCUGUGCACUUCAACAUCCAGCAGGACUGCGGACACUUCCUGGCUGACGUCCCCGCCCGACUACUACCUUGGGAAGAGGAAGAGGAGGGAAAAGAUGAAGAGGAGCAGGAGGAGGAGCAGAGAGACAAGAAUCAUGAAGGACAGACAAGGCUGGACACAAAACCGACAGACUCUGAAGCAUCGAAAGCUAAGUUGGAUGAGGUCCCGGCGGCGGGGAGCAUGAACUCGGCGGGCCAGCUGAGGAGCCGAGUGGUGGUCAUCACUCGCGAGGUGCCCUUUCAGACAGUGGCGGACUUCGUGGGAGAGGGCGCGGCCCGGCAUGCUCACAACCCCGAGCUGUACGAGCGUCAGGUGUGCCUCUUGCUGCUGCAGCUCUGCUGCGGCCUGGAGCACAUGAAGCCCUUCCACGUCACGCACUGCGACCUGCGGCUGGAGAACCUGCUGCUGGUCCACUGCCAGCCCGGGAACCCCUGGAACCUGGACAUGCUCGAGCCCAACAACAACAGCAGCAGUAGCAACGGCUUGGGGGCCUCCGCCGCCACCGCCUCCACCUGCCCCGCACGCCUCAUCAUCAGCAACUUUUCCCAAGCCAAGCAGAAGAGCAGCCUCAUGGCGACCAACCAGGAAACCCUGCGCGACCAGUCGCGGCUAGCGCCCGAGAUCAUCACGGCCACGCAGUACCGCAAAUGCGACGAGUUCCAGACUGGGAUUCUCAUCUACGAGAUGCUGCAUAGACCCAACCCGUUCGAGGAGACGCCGGACCUGAAGGAGCGAGAGUACACCUGGGCGGACCUGCCGCCGCUGCCCGUCAGGUCGCUGUACUCCCAGGGGCUGCAGCAGCUGGCCAGGCUGCUGCUGACGGUCAACCCGUCGGAGCGGAUCCAGAUGUCCGAGGCGCGCGCCUGCUUGCAGUGCCUCCUCUGGGGACCGCGAGAGGACCUGUUCCAGGCCCUGGGCUGCGGCGGCGGUGCCGGCCCCGUGUCGGGGGCCACCGCCAGCCAACGGGAAGCGACGCUGCAGAACUGGCUGGACCUUAAGCGGACGCUGAUGAUGAUAAAGUUUGCGGAGCGUUCACUGGACACGGCCUGCAGCGUGAGCCUGGAGGACUGGCUGUGCUGCCAGUACCUGGCCUUCGCCACCACGGACAGCCUGGGCCGCGUGGUCCACAUCCUGCAGCAGCCGCCGCAGCCCCACAACCAGAACCAAACCCAAACACAUCCGGCACACGCCCACCGCCUGGCUCAGCCACAGCAACUCUAAGCUGUUACUAUGGCAACACCUCCAACUUCUUCCCCUCUAUCUCUGCUCCCUUCAGCUGAUGAAGUGUGAUGUAAGCUAAUGGUGAGCGCCAGCCGAAUGCGGAGCGGUUUGCUUUUCCCGUCAGACCACACGGCGAAAGAGACGGAGUCUCAUCAAGCAAACAGCACGACCUCAUGAUCAAAUCCCAUUACUGCAAUGUUCUUAAAUCAAGUUCAGUAACGAGCUGAAGCACAGGAGCCUGCAGGAGUCAAUCUGAUCAGAAGCAGCAACAAGUUACCAAACAUGGAAGGAGAUUUUAGCCAUCAGGUUCUUUAAUGUUCUGCAAAGACAAAGCUCUAACGCCGGAGAUCAUCACGGAUUAGAUUAAUUUUAGGGUUGAAUAAAAAAAAAAACAUGGAAGAUUUGAUAUGGAAAAAUAAGAAACCAAGAUUUUUUAAAGGAAUUUCUCUAAAUCUAAAUUUUAACCCCUCAACUGUCACCCCAAAAACACUUACAGGCAAGUCAGUGGGUCUAGGAGGACACUGGUGUCCUCAUGACAGUUAAGUGGUUUAAAACUCAAAACUGAUGAAGAGUAGAUGAUGACUCACUGAAACCAAAGAUCAGCCACAAGCUGCCCACUACAGUAGGAAAUGACAGGGUUAUCUGGCUAUAUGAGAGACAUGUUGGUUUCAGAUCUGGUUUUGGUAAACCUUUCGAUUUUGAUUUUAGUUUAAUAUUAGAAGACAUGAAAAUAUUAUUGAAUUGUGUCUUUUUAGCACUCUGUGAUUAAUUAUAUUAGGAGAAAAGGCAAUGUCGCACUGUGUCAGCAAUUGCUGUAAAAAAGGAUUUUAGUAAUUAAAAUGAAAACAAUUAUUACAGAGUUGACAUUAAAGUAGCUUUGUCAACUUUUCUUGAUGUUUAGCAGCAUUAGUGCCGUUUGCAUUAGAAAAACAGGUAAUUCCCAGAUUUCUAAAAGGCUGUCAGCAUUUCAAAAAGGAUGAAACUGAGCAAUUCUCCUCUCAAAUGUUUAGCCUUCAUGUUAUGUGCUUGAAGUCUUGCUUUCUCUCGCUCUCUUACAGCCUGAAAGAACCGCAGUCGAAUUCAGCUGUGAGCAACUCAGAUUCAGUCUUUUGUUCAGUAACUUAACUUCGUUACCAACCUGGUUGCUCUUGGCAUGGUUUGGUCAUUAUUCCAAAAAAAAAAAAGACAUUUUUGAGUUACUGAUUUCUAGUUUUAGCAGGACUGUCACAUUUCAUCUGAAUGCACAGCAGGUCGAUCUAUUGCAGACUGGCCCUACGGUUUGCACCGCUCCACAUUUUUAAAUCUUGUUUUUAAAACCGUAAGCUAGUCUGCAUUUGAACUGAAUGCCUUUUCAUUUCAGUUCGCCCUCACUGAAAUGAAACUUGGACACAUCCGCUCUUGGCUGCAAGCCUGACCUCCACUCAAUGUUUGUGCAAUGGAUAGUUUUAUCACAGUGGUUGACUAAUUGACUCCUCCGUUAGUUUUUGUGGCACAUAAACUGGUUUUAUUUCAGUCCUGCAGCUUUUGGGGGGGGAAUGAAAAAAAAAAAAAGUGAAUUUCAGGGUGAACGACUUCUUCCAUUGGACGGAAUGUCUCGUGGACUGCAAAAAAGCGAGUCUUUGUUCAUUUGUCUUGUUUUUGUCAAGUUGUUUUUCAACAGUUCUGAGUUAUGGAUGAUAUUUGCACACUGAGUCAGAGCGACGGCGGCCCUCUGCGAACGCCUGAGGUCAUAAAGCGACGGAUGACUGGGAAAAGUUGGGAAUUGGACGAUCUGGUGUUAGACAUUUGAACUUUGCCGCAUCCUCCUGCUGAACUGCAUUUUUUAAAAGUAUUUAAGCAUCUUUGAAAGUAAAUACCCAACCACUGGGAUAUGUUUCUCGUCCUCUUGUUCUAAUCCAGCCAGUCCUGAAGUAAAUCCAGCUCAUCCGUCAGCUUUAACUAGAGAUCGGUGUUACUGAUCGCAGCGUUUUAGCUUCGAUUCGGUAGAGUCAAUGCAGGUACUGGAGUCUCCGAUCCGCCAUUCAGAAUCUAAUGUUGAACAAACUCUAUGAAUAACAUCUUUAACUCUGAUUCAACACUUUCUUUCACAAGUUUACUUGACUGGAUCCGGUUGGUUUUACAGUGUACAGACUGCAGCAGAAGCGUUGCUAUGGGAUCGUUGCUUGCAGAUGUACAGUAGCAACGCAAUGGUCCACAAAAUGGGGAAAAAAAAAGAAACAAAGUAGGAGUGAGUUUGUUACUGCGGUAGAGUGUGGUGAGAAACGUGUGUGGGACAGCACUGGUGGCUGGCCGCCUUUAUUUAGAAAAAUAUAUAAAUUUAACCUUUUCUCUAUUUUAAUCUGCACACUGUUUUAUUGAGUACAGAGCACCUCUAUUUCUCGUUAGAGCCUGAUAGUCAUUUAUUCAUUGUUGCUUUACUUGACUUUCUUUCUUCUCGCAUGUUCUGGAGGAAGAAUAAAGUGAGUAGUUAUCACUGUCCUACGCGAACAUACGACCAGAGAAGAGCUCAGUUUUCACACGCCACAGUGUACAGUAUUUUACUGAGUUUGCCUAAUGAGGAGAACAACCACUUUGGCUGAAGGAUGUCUUUUGAACCGGCUUUUGACCAGUUUGAAUGACGUGUCGUGUGCUGAUAAAUGCCACUGAGUUUUAAAGGACAGGAGCUCUGUAAUGUUUUCUGUGACUAUGUGUAGAGUAUGUCCUCUGGCUUCAUCGCCGUUAAUUGUUGAGCAAGUUAGCUGACUGUAACAGAACAAUAAAUAUAUGUUUUUAUAUAUA